CAAGAACCAGAGAAAGAGAGUGUGCAUGAGAGAAGGAGUGAUAUAGAGGGGGGAGAGAGGCAGACAGGCUCGUAAAGUGAAGGAGUCGGUGAGGUAAACUUAGAGGGAGGAAGUGAGAAAUAGAACGUGACAGAUACAAAACAUGAUAUAAAGGAACAGACAGAUUCUAACCAAACAGGCAGAUGACAGAAACUAUAUAGAUAUGCAUAGAGAGGUGUGUGUAUAGCUAUAUAUUUAUAUAGAUAUCCAACAAGGAAAGGAGUAGUCAGAUAUUGAUUUAAAAAACAAACAUAUACACUACUAGAUGCAUGAAAGAAACUGAAAUUGGAGUCAGGCGGAUAUAAAACUAAAAAAAAAGUAGGAACAGAGUACUUCAGGGAGUGUUGUGUGGUGAUGAACUCUCCCUCGACCUGAGUGACCACAGUUCAAGUGAAGUCCCUGCAGCAGACCGUCAAGAUGAGUGAGAUGUCCAGCUUCCUGCACAUUGGGGACAUCGUAUCCCUAUAUGCUGAAGGAACAGUGUGUGGCUUCAUCAGCACCCUGGGGCUGGUUGAUGACAGAUGUGUAGUGGAGCCUGCAGCUGGUGAUCUGGACAAUCCUCCAAAGAAAUUCAGAGAUUGUCUGUUUAAAGUAUGCCCUAUGAACAGAUACUCAGCUCAGAAGCAAUACUGGAAAGCUAAACAGACUAAGCAAGACAAGGAAAAAAUAUCAGAUGUCCUUCUCUUACAGAAGCUGCAGCAUGCUGCACAGCUUGAACAGAAGCAAAAUGAAACAGAAAACAAGAAGGUGCAUGGAGAGGUGGUGAAAUAUGGCAGCGUCAUCCAGCUUUUACAUAUGAAAAGUAACAAAUACCUCACGGUGAACAAGCGUCUCCCAGCUCUGCUAGAGAAGAAUGCCAUGAGAGUAACUCUUGAUGUGACUGGAAAUGAGGGGUCUUGGCUUUUUAUUCAACCCUUUUGGAAACUACGCAGCAAUGGAGACAAUAUUGUGGUUGGUGAUAAGGUGAAUCUUAACCCUGUGAAUGCUGGACAACCUUUGCAUGCCAGCAAUUAUGAGCUCACCGAUAACCCUGGUUGCAAAGAGGUUAAUUCUUUGAAUUCAAACACCAGCUGGAAGAUAAACCUGUUCAUGCAAUACAGCGACUAUAUGGAAGAUGUCUUAAAAGGGGGUGAUGUGGUUCGUCUAUUUCAUGCUGAGCAGGAGAAGUUCCUGACAUGUGAUGAAUAUAAGUCCCAGCUCCAUGUUUUCCUCCGCACGACCCUACGUCAGUCAGCCACCUCUGCUACCAGUUCCAAUGCUCUUUGGGAGAUUGAGGUUGUUCAUCAUGAUCCCUGCAGAGGAGGUGCAGGGCACUGGAACAGUCUGUACAGAUUUAAACACCUUGCUACUGGAAAUUACCUUGCUGCUGAGGAAAACCCAACAUAUAAAGGGGAUGCUCCAGAGUCUAAAGCUGGAUCAUCCAAUACUGCAGUCAGUGUUCUUCCCAGCCGUAGGAAUGUAGGAGAGAAGAUAAAAUAUCGCCUGGUUGCUGUUCCGCAUGGAAAUGAUAUUGCUUCGCUCUUUGAGUUGGAUCCUACUACUCUGCAAAAGACCGACUCCUUUGUUCCCAGGAACUCAUUUGUGAGGUUACGGCAUCUCUGCACCAAUACGUGGAUCCAGAGCACCAAUGUGCACAUAGAUGUAAAGGAGGAGAGACCCAUUCGACUCAUGCUGGGUACCUGCCCCACUAAAGAAGAUAAGGAGGCAUUUGCCAUUGUCUCUGUACCUGUGUCUGAAAUUCGUGACUUGGAUUUUGCCAAUGAUGCAAGUUCGAUGUUGGCCAGUUUUGUGGAAAGGCUAAAUGAGGGAUUCAUUAGCCAGAAUGACAGAAGGUUUGCCAUCAAACUUCUGGAAGAUCUGGUGUUUUUUGUGGUGGAUAUACCCAAUAAUGGUCAGAAUGUUUUGGAUAUCAUGAUCACCAAACCUAAUCGAGAAAGGCAGAAACUGAUGAGGGAGCAAAACAUUCUCAAACAGAUAUUUGGUAUUUUGAAGGCACCUUUUAAAGAUAAAGGUUCUGAGGGCCCACUCCUGAGGCUGGAAGAGCUUUCUGAUCAGAAAAAUGCCCCAUACCAAUAUAUGUUCCGUCUUUGCUACAGGGUACUGCGUCACUCCCAGCACGAGUACAGGAAAAACCAGGAACACAUAGCCAAGCAGUUUGGUGUCAUGCAGUCCCAAAUUGGCUACGACAUUCUUGCAGAAGAUACAAUUACUGCUCUACUACACAACAACCGCAAACUAUUAGAGAAGCACAUUACCAAGACAGAGGUUGAGACUUUUGUUAGUUUGGUCAGGAAGAAUCGCGAACCCCGGUUCCUGGACUAUCUUUCGGAUCUCUGUGUAUCCAACCACAUUGCCAUUCCAGUAACUCAGGAGCUUAUAUGUAAAUGCGUCUUGGAUCCCAAGAACAGCGAUAUUUUAAUAAAGACAGAGUUAAGGCCAGUGAAAGAGAUGUCUCAGUCCCCAGAAUAUAUGGGUUUGGAAUUCUCUGAGGAAGAAGUGUGGCUGACAUGGACAGAUAAAAAUAACGACUCCCAUGAAAAGAGCAUACGACAGUUAUCUCAGGAAGCGCGGGCUGGGAAUGCUCAUGAUGAGAAUGUACUUACCUACUACAGGUACCAGCUAAAGCUUUUUGCCCGAAUGUGUUUGGACCGUCAGUACCUUGCUAUACAUGAGAUAUCAAAGCAGUUGGGUAUUGAUCUCAUCUUCCUCUGCAUGGCUGAUGAGAUGUUGCCAUUUGACAUCAGAGCUUCUUUCUGUCACCUCAUGUUGCACGUCCAUGUUGACAGGGACCCGCAAGAACUAGUUACUCCAGUCAAGUUUGCCCGUUUGUGGACUGAAAUUCCCACAGCCAUCACUAUCAAAGAUUAUGACUCGAAUGACUCGAGGGAUGAUAAGAAGAAUAAGUUCUCUAGCACCAUGGAAUUUGUGGAAGAUUAUCUAAACAAUGUUGUCAGUGACUCCAUGCCGUUCGCUAACGAAGAGAAGAACAAGUUAACAUUUGAAGUGGUGAGUCUAGCACGGCAUCUAAUUUACUUUGGAUUCUAUAGCUUCAGUGAACUUCUACGGCUUACACGGACUCUGCUUGGGAUUAUAGAUUGUGUUCAGAACCCACAGGCCAUGCUGCUACAAGCCAUGUACAAUGAGGAUGGAACAGGAAAAAAUGUCAGGAGAUCCAUUCAAGGAGUAGGUCAUAUGAUGUCUACAAUGGUGCUUAAUCGCAAGCAAUCGGUGUUCAGCCCCAACCAGACUCUAAACUCUGAAACCAGUCAGGAAGCUCCAGUUAAAAGAAAGAAUGCAGAUACAGAGAAUAUUACUGUAAUGGAAACAAAGCUAAAGAUACUGGAAAUCCUACAGUUUAUCCUAAAUGUGAGAUUGGACUACAGGAUAUCAUAUCUUCUCUCUGUCUUCAAAAAAGAAUUUGUAGAAGUGUUUCCCAUGCAGGACAGUGCGGCAGAUGGAACAGCUCCAGCAUUUGAUUCAACAAAUGCUACCUUAAACCUAGAGCGCAUAGGGGAACAGGCAGAAGCUAUGUUUGGUGUAGGGAAGAAUACAAGCAUGCUUGAAGUGGACGAUGAAGGAGGACGGAUGUUUCUGCGAGUUCUUAUUCAUCUGACAAUGAAUGACUACCCAGCUCUCAUCUCCGGCUCUUUACAGCUUCUUUUUAAACACUUCAGCCAGAGACAGGAGGUCUUACACACCUUUAAACAGGUUCAACUGCUUAUCUCUACUCAAGAUGUUGACAAUUACAAGGUCAUUAAGUCUGAGCUUGACAGACUAAGAACUAUGGUGGAGAAAUCAGAGCUUUGGGUGGACAAGAAAGUGAGCUCCGGUAGUAGCAGCACAGCAGAUGGGAACAAAAAGGAGAAAAAAGAGCACGUGGAGAAUGAGGAAGGGUCUGGAAAACCAGAUACUGAGAAGAGCAGUGAGAAUUACCAAAUAGUGAAAGGGAUCUUGGAGAGACUUAACAAGAUGUGUGGUGUUGGAGAGCAGGUUCGCAAGAAGCAGCAGCGGCUAUUAAAAAAUUUAGAUGCUCACAAAGUUAUGCUGGAUCUACUCCAAAUCCCAUAUGAAAAGGGAGAUACUAAAAUGAAGGAAAUCUUGAAAUACACUCAUCACUUUCUGCAGAAGUUUUGUGCUGGAAACCCAGAAAACCAGGCUCUCCUACACAAGCAUUUGUCCCUGUUUUUAAGUCCUGGUCUCUUGGAGGCUGAAACCAUGCACCAUAUCUUCCUGAAUAACUACCUGCUCUGCUCUGAAAUCCACGAGACCGUUCUUCAACAUUUCAUCCACUGCCUGGCCACUCAUGGGAGACAUGUCCAAUAUCUGUACUUCUUGAACACUAUCAUCAAAGCUGAGGGCAAAUAUAUUAAAAAGUGUCAGGACAUGAUCAUGACAGAGCUGACCAAUGCUGGAGACGAUGUUGUAGUUUUCUACAAUGAUAAAGCAUCAUUUGCAUUAAUGUUGGAAAUGAUGGCUGCAGCCCGUGAAGGGGUGGAAGAGAAUAGUCCUCUGAUGUAUCAUAUUACACUUGUUGAUCUCCUGGCUGCCUGUGCAGAGGGAAAAAAUGUGUAUACCGAAAUCAAAUGCACAUCUUUACUACCUCUGGAGGAUGUGGUUCGGGUAGUGACUCAUGAAGACUGCAUCACGGAGGUGAAAAUAUCCUAUGUGAACUUUGUGAACCAUUGCUACGUGGACACUGAAGUGGAAAUGAAAGAGAUUUACACCAGUAACCACAUUUGGAUGCUGUUUGAGAACUUUAUCCUUGAUAUGGCUCGUGUAUGUAACAAACGAGAGAAGAGGCUGCCAGAUCCUAUCCUGGAAAAAUAUGUUCUCACUGUGGUUUUGGAGACAAUAAGGUCUUUCUUCAACUCCCCUUUCUCUGAGAAUAGCACUUCACUUCAAACUCAUCAAACCAUCGUGGUUCAGCUAUUACAGUCAACGACACGACUUUUGGAAUGUCCAUGGCUUCAACAGCAGCACAAAGGUUCAGCAGAGGCUUGUAUUCGAGCGUUAGCAGUGGUUGCAAAAAGUCGAAGUAUUUCCCUUCCAAUGGAUCUGGAUUCGCAUGUUAGUUCUUUACUUAAUAGCUCAUCAAGCUCCUUGCACAGAAAUAUGUCCACCUACAAGAGUACAACUCCAAGAGCCUUUCCUCGUGUAGCUGGUACACAGAAUCAGUGGGACUACAAAAACAUUGUAGAGAAACUACAGGAUAUCAUAAAUACGCUGGAGGAACGACUAAAGCCUCUUGUAGAAGCAGAGCUUUCUGUUCUGGUAGAUGUUCUUCAGCAUCCUGAAUUACUUUUUGCAGAAGGAACUGAUGCCUGGUUGCGUUGUGAAAGUGGGGGGUUCAUUUCCAAACUAAUCCAGCACACCAAAAAUCUUAUGUCCAGUGAGGAGAAACUGUGCAUUAAGGUCUUACGAACUCUACAACAGAUGCUCAUGAAGAAAAGUAACUACGGAGAACGGGGAAAUUUACUAAGAAAAACGCUUCUGAAUAAUUACCUUCAAAGCAAGAAGUCAAAUGCUAAAGGCGAAGUAGCUGACAGUUCUGCCACUGGUCAGGACCAGGACUGGUCUAUGAUAGCCUCAAUCCAAUGUAAGCUAGAUAGAGAAGGUGCCACUAAACUUGUGUCUGACCUCAUAAUGAGCUCCAAAAAUGAAAAAAUAUUUCAGGAAAGCAUUUUACUGGCCAUCAGACUGCUGGAUGGGGGUAACACUGAAAUACAGAACUCAUUUUACAAUUUAAUGAAAGGGGACAAUAAAUCUGAGAAGUUCUUCAAAGUUCUAAAUGAAAGAAUUAAAAGUGCUCAGCAGGAAAUAAAAUCCACCAUGUCAGUGAAUAUGAGUGACCUUGGGUCAAGUGAAACCAAUGAGAACAUGGAACUCUCUCCAAAAGAUCACACCAACCAGUUUGUGGUACCCGCAGCCUCUUCCCGAACAGUGACUAGUGGGUCCAUGAGGAAAAGUCAUGAAGGUGGAGAACAUGGAGAGGGUAAUGAAGUUGGUCCUGUGGUGCUCAUCAUGGAGCCAAUUCUAAGAUUCCUUCAGCUCUUGUGUGAAAAUCACAACCCAGAUCUGCAAAAUUUUCUACGUAAUCAGAACAACAAAUCAAAUUACAAUCUGGUUUGUGAAACCCUUCAAUUCUUGGACAUUAUGUGUGGGAGUACUACAGGUGGACUUGGUCUUUUGGGACUUUACAUCAAUGAGAAAAAUGUUGCACUGAUUAUCCAGACCCUGGAGACUCUAACUGAAUACUGCCAAGGACCUUGUCACGAGAACCAGAGCUGCAUCGUGACACAUGAGUCUAAUGGGAUUGAUAUAAUAACUGCUUUAAUUCUGAAUGACAUCAGCCCACUAUGCAAAUAUAGAAUGGAUCUGGUCUUACAGCUGAAGGACAAUGCUUCAAAACUGCUUCUGGCCCUUAUGGAAAGCCGCCACGACAGUGAGAAUGCAGAACGGAUCCUUAUCAGCCUUCGUCCACAAGAGCUGGUUGAUGUCAUUAAGAAGGCUUAUCUUCAGGAAAAUGAAGGAGACAGCUCUGAUGUUUCACCUCGUGAAGUUGGGCAUAAUAUUUACAUUUUAGCACUUCAGCUGUCACGACAUAAUAGACAUCUCCAGCAUCUUUUAAAACCUAUUCGAAGGAUCCAAGAGGAAGAAGAGAGUAUUUCUACCAUGCUGAGCCUAAAUAAUAAACAACUGACCCAGAUGUUAAAAUCCACAACUGCCCCAGUUCAAGAAGAGGAAGAGGAUGCUCUGGCAUAUUAUGCUAAACAUACUUCACAGAUUGAGAUUGUGCGGCUGGAUAGGAGCAUGGAGCAAAUCGUUUUUCCUGUUCCGAGUAUUUGCAAGUUCCUAACGGAGGAGACAAAACACAGAGUUUUCACCACAACAGAGCAGGAUGAACAAAGCAGCAAAGUUAGUGACUUUUUUGACCAGUCAUCUUUCCUUCACAAUGAGAUGGAGUGGCAAAGAAAACUACGAAGCAUGCCGCUCAUGUACUGGUUUUCACGUAGAAUGACACUAUGGGGUACCAUUUCCUUCAAUCUUGCCGUUUUCAUUAACCUUAUAAUAGCUUUCUUCUACCCCUAUGUAGAAGGCACAUCCAUAGGAAUCCUGGAUUCUCCUUUGGUUUCUCUUCUCUUCUGGGCCAUGGUCUGUUUCUCUGUCAUGUCUCUUUUUACAAAACGGUAUGGCCUUCGCCCGCUGAUUGUGGCUCUUAUCCUGCGUUCAGUGUAUUACCUUGGAAUCGGUCCAACACUCUAUUUGCUCGGAGGUCUAAAUCUCACCAACAAAAUUGUCUUUGUGGUAAGUUUUGUUGGUAAUCGUGGUACCUUCAUCCGUGGAUACAAAGCUAUGGUGAUGGAUGUGGAAUUUCUUUACCAUGUGGCCUACAUUUUGACCAGUGUCUUUGGAGUCUUCAUUCAUGAACUGUUUUACAGCAUUCUGCUGUUUGACCUGAUAUAUCGGGAGGAGACAUUGUUCAAUGUGAUAAAAAGUGUUACACGUAAUGGUCGCUCCAUCCUCCUGACUGCACUGCUUGCCCUGAUCCUGGUCUACCUCUUCUCGAUUGUGGGUUUUCUCUUCUUAAAAGAUGACUUCAUCAUGGAGGUGGAUCAUCUUCCUAAAUUUCCUGAGCCACACGCCCAGUCCAUGGAGUCAAGCUCCUUUGAAGAAUAUUGUAGCAAGGACCAAAUCGACUGUUCUUCUGGAGUUACAGUACUUCAUAAUCCAGAGGAAGACGAAGAUAACACAGAACGAGCAUGUGACACUUUGCUGAUGUGCAUUGUUACCGUACUAAAUCAUGGAUUAAGGAAUGGUGGAGGCGUGGGAGACAUCCUGAGAAAGCCUUCCAAGGAUGAAUCCCUUUAUCCUGCUCGUGUGGUGUAUGACCUUCUUUUCUUCUUCAUCGUCAUCAUCAUUGUGUUGAACUUGAUUUUUGGAGUCAUCAUUGACACAUUUGCAGAUUUGAGAAGUGAGAAGCAGAAAAAAGAGGAGGUUCUGAAAACCACAUGCUUUAUAUGCGGUUUGGAGAGAGAUAAGUUCGACAAUAAAACAGUGUCAUUUGAAGAACAUAUUAAAGAAGAGCACAAUAUUUGGAAUUAUCUCUACUUCAUUGUUUUGGUCAGAGUAAAAAACAAGACAGAUUAUACUGGACCUGAAAGUUAUGUGGCACAAAUGAUAAAGAGUAAAAACUUGGACUGGUUCCCAAGGAUGAGAGCCAUGUCACUGGUCAGCAAUGAGGGUGAUGGAGAACAGAACGAGAUCCGUUGCCUUCAGGACAAGCUUAAUUCAACCACGAAGCUUGUAACACAUCUAACAUCACAGCUCAACGAGCUCAAGGAACAGAUGACUGAACAACGGAAGAGACGUCAGCGCAUGGGCUUUGUGGAUGUUCAGACGAAUGCAGCACAGACGACAGCCAGUGGCCAGAUAGCACCCAGUCAAUAAAAUACUGAUACAGAGUUUUUUAUACACUGAUCAUCUAUGCUGCAAUGUAUUUUGAUGAGUACCUCUUAAGAGUGAUAAUGAAAAUGCCGUUUUCAAUGUAGCACAUAAUAUAUAAAACAUACCUGGGAGCAUUAAUAAGUGACUGUACCAAAGAUAAUUUAUCUUUCUUUGUUGGAAGUUUGUAGUCAGUCAGGGUUAGAAAGAAAUAGAAUCAUAUUAAAAACUGACAUGGCCAUGUCCAUCGUUACAAUAUUGUCCCAAAUGUGAGUAGAUCUAGGUGGGGAACAAGAGAUCUAAAACACCAUCUCCAGACAGAGAAAAGAGUUCUUUCAAGAGGCCUGGCGGUGAAAAGUAAACGCCAACAAGUUUUUAUGUAUUUUUAGGAUUAUGACCAUCAUCUAGCAUUUGGUUAGGCAACAAGUAACAGUCUGUGUCUAUGGAACUCCCAUGAAGAUUGGACACCCUGUGUGAAUGGACAUUUUAUCCAUAGGCUGCUCAUGGGACUUACACUUGCACAACAGUUUGAUUGCUGCCUCUUAGCUGUUUCUAAUCUAGCAUUACAAGAAAUAUGCUGCUUUGUUCAACAUUGAUGUUUUGCCUCUAAUGACGUAUAUUUAGAUAAAGGUCCGCUUUGUGAUCAUGUGUUUUAUAACAGAAACUAGAGACAGAUGUCAUCAAUAAUUUAGUAGGAAUUUAAACGUGUACAAAUAAAUAUAUAUAUAUAAGAAACUAAAUGUACACUACAAUUAGGAAUAUCUUGCUUUAGAAUAGAUUUUAAUAAAAAACUUUAUUUCUAUUUUUGGAAUACACAUUAGUGUAAACAUUUAAUUUCCCAUGUAAAUGUGUUUUAUAAAUCUAGUUUUUAAUUCACGCCCUGUUUGAUAUAACAAUAUAUUGUCCUAUACAGUUUUCUUAUACUACCUGCCCCGUUACAGGAUGGGCUUACCUCUUUGUGUUUGUAAUAUGAUAUAUACUUAUUACCUCCUUAUUUUCUAAUUUUCUGAUUUACAAGUAUUUAUGUUACAGCAGUAAUGACAUCCAUCAAAUGUUUACUGUUUUAAUAAAUAUUAUUCACAUUUAGAACCAUCCUUACAAAAUAGCUUUAGCGUUACAAUAUUUAUAAUGAUUUUUUGUACAGACUUAGGAAAUAAAAGAGAUUGCAUUUUUGUUAUGUUGUAAAGCAAAUACAUUUAGUUUUAUUAAAUUCACCUUGAAUGAUGAUUAACUGCAUUCUGUUAUUAAGGUAACAAAGGUAAAUUCUUAGUCCGCAUUGGCGUUCAAUAUAUUCAAGCCAAACUGCAGUUUUUAUUGGCAAAAAUAGCUGUGCCAUAUGGGAUUUCAGCAUUUGGAUGAGAUUGCAUGUGAAAUGUUAUACAAUAUUAAUGUCCCCUUCUUCUACCUACAAAUAAACAUUUUUCAAAGAAUGACAAUUCAUUAAAAAGAA